CCCAUGAACAUGUAUCUGACGCAGACCCAAAUAAUCAUCAUCGUAUCCGAAAACACUCCUUGACACAAAAGCAAUAGCAGAUCGUAACCCGUUACAUUUGAUCGAAACCAUGCCUCAAGCCACCGUUCACCUCAUCUCCCUUCAACCCACCACCAACGCCUCAAACUUCAUCUCCGAACUCAACCUAGUCAGCUUCGACUCACCACCAUAUCUUAUCAAAGGCCGCCCUUGCGGCUGGGUCCAGCGUCCCCGCACCCUCAACAAGGACAACCUAACAGCCCACGAGUGGGAUAUCUUCCUGGUCACCAAAUCCCCGACCCUCCCAGCCGGCAUGGUGCUCUCGCUCGCAGACCGCGUAUCCGCGACCAUCGAGAUGCCCCAAGCGCAGUACACCGCCCUGCUCUCCGGCGCGGGCCAGGAUGCCCAAGCAGCGGGCGACACGCCGCCACUGCCGGACAACUGGCAGCCCGAUGAGGUGCAGGCCGGCCGACGAGGGUCGAAGUUCUACGGCCUCAUUCCCGAGACGGAAGUCCUAGGUGCGCUAGACAGAGAAGAGAGACCCGGUGAAUUGAGGCUUGAUCACCCCAUGGCAUGGUUCUUGUCCACUGCGGAGCCGGCGGGUAUCCGGGGGGCGCCGGUGUUGUUUUUCAAUUUGUUCAAGUAUAGGGGUGGCGAUAGGUCGACGCAUGAUGAAUAUAUGCAGGGGUUCAAGGAGAAGUCUGGAAAGGCGGCUGGGGCUCAGGUGAGGUUUAUGGGGGAGGUUGGGGAUUUAAAUUUUGCUGUGCAGGGAGCCAGCGAGGGUGGGAGAGGAUGGGAUGAGGCGAACUUGACGCAGUAUGACAGCGUCUGGCAUUACGCGUACAUGCUGAGUACGGACGUGUAUAAGGAGCUGAAUAAAGAGAAGAUCCUUCCCAAAUCCAGAGUGUUCUGGAGUGUAUCUACCAGGGCUUUCCCCACUCUGGUUCUAGCCCCCGCCCCCACAGACAUAGAUGGACUGUGA